GGUCAUUUGGAUCUAUAUAUUAACAAAAUCCCGCCUCACAUUUUUUCUGCAACCUUCUACUGGUAUCUGCUUUCUUUUACUCUUCAUCCUCCUCCUAGUGUAGUGUAGCACUCAUGGGCAAGGUGAAGAUUGGAAUCAAUGGAUUUGGAAGAAUUGGGCGUUUGGUGGCCAGAGUGGCUCUGCAGAGGAACGACGUCGAACUCGUUGCAGUUAACGACCCUUUCAUUACCACUGAUUACAUGACAUACAUGUUUAAGUACGACAGUGUUCACGGACAGUGGAAACAUUUCGAUGUAACAAUCAAGGACUCAAACACCCUUCUCUUUGGUGACAAGCCAGUCACCAUCUUUGCACACAGAAACCCAGAGGAGAUCCCUUGGGCUGAGACUGGAGCUGAAAUUAUUGUCGAGUCCACUGGAGUUUUCACAGAUAAGGAGAAGGCUGCUGCCCAUUUGAAGGGUGGUGCAAAGAAGGUCAUUAUUUCGGCCCCCAGCAAAGAUGCUCCCAUGUUUGUAGUAGGUGUUAAUGAGAAAGAAUACAAGCCAGAGCUUAAUAUUAUUUCUAAUGCUAGCUGCACAACCAACUGCCUUGCUCCACUUGCAAAGGUUAUUAAUGACAGGUUCGGCAUUGUUGAGGGCCUGAUGACCACCGUUCAUUCCAUCACUGCCACCCAAAAGACUGUUGAUGGGCCAUCCAGCAAAGACUGGAGAGGUGGAAGAGCUGCUUCAUUCAACAUCAUUCCUAGCAGUACUGGAGCUGCUAAGGCUGUUGGCAAAGUGCUUCCUUCUUUGAAUGGAAAACUGACUGGAAUGGCAUUCCGUGUUCCUACUGUGGAUGUCUCUGUUGUUGACCUCACAGUGAGGCUAGAGAAGCCAGCCACCUAUGAGCAAAUUAAAGCUGCUGUCAAGGAGGAGUCCGAGGGUAACUUGAAGGGAAUCCUUGGUUACACUGAAGAUGACGUGGUCUCCACUGACUUUGUUGGCGAUAACAGGUCAAGUAUUUUUGAUGCCAAGGCAGGAAUUGCUUUGAGUGAAACUUUUGUUAAGCUUGUCGCAUGGUAUGACAACGAGUGGGGCUACAGUACACGCGUGGUUGACCUGAUUGUUCACGUUUCUAAGUCUUAAGGUGGUGCUGCAAAGUGGCCUACAUGUGUUUGUUUCUUUCCGUGUUGUAUUUCUAGCUUCUGUCAGGCUUAUUGUCCAUGCUCAAUUGAGAUGUAAUAAGUCGGUUUCCCGAACCUGUGGAGUUGCCCUGUGAGGAGGAUUGAUCUUUUUGGUUCCCUGAUGUAUGCAUGAAUGUAGUUUUUCUGAAUUUUAUGUAUUGACUGAUAAUCGGCUUUGUUAAUGUGGGUAACAGACGGUUUUCGUCAUUGGUCGCAUAAGCGGACAAAUGAGCAAAUAAAAUUGGAAAAUCCUUUCAACCUAGACAUUAUUGGAAAGGAAAAA